AUCGACGAUUGUCUAAGCAACCCUUGUCAAAACAACGGUAGUUGUGAAGACGGUUUAAACACAUAUACAUGCAAGUGUGCUGGUGGUUUCGACGGAACUCAUUGUGAAAACGAGAUUCCAAGCUGUGAUGGAGAACCUUGUCAGAAUGGUGCAACAUGUCAUGAUAUGGCUGACGGUUAUUCCUGCACAUGCGCUGUUGGGUUUUCCGGACAUUCUGUGAAAUAGACAGAGACGAGUGUGCAAACAAUUCCUGUAAAAAUGGAGCAACUUGCAUUGACGGCAUUAACAGCUACAAGUGUCAGUGCAAUGAAGGAUGGGAGGGCAUACAUUGUCAAUUAAGUACAGAUACUGACGAUUGUGCUAGCGGCCCAUGUGUAAACGGAGCCACCUGUGAUGACGACAUUAACAACUUUAAAUGUACAUGUGUUGAUGGAUGGGAGGGAAAAACCUGUGAAAACAAUACGGAUGAUUGUGCAGGCAACCCUUGUGAGAACGGAGCCACAUGUACUGACGGCAUUAACAGCUUCAGUUGUGCAUGUACUGAUGGCUGGGAGGGAACAUCCUGUGAGAUAAAUACAGACGAUUGUUCUGGCGAUCCAUGUAAGAACGGAGCCUCAUGUACUGACGCCAUUAACAGCUUCACUUGUGCAUGUGUUGAUGGCUGGGAGGGAGCAACCUGUGAACGUAAUACUGAUGAAUGUGUUGGUAACACAUGUGAGAACGGAGCCACCUGUAUUGACGGCAUUAACAGUUUUAUCUGUGAGUGUGGCAGCGGCUGGGAGGGACCAACCUGUGAAAUUAAUACAGACGAUUGUGCAGGCAACCCUUGUGAGAACGGAGCCACAUGUACUGACGGAAUUAACAGCUUCACCUGUGCAUGUGACAACGGCUGGGAGGGACUAACCUGCCAUAUUAAUACUGAUGAAUGUGCUAGCAAUCCAUGUGAGAAUGGAGCAUCCUGCAUUGACGGAGUUGACAGCUAUACUUGUACAUGUGCUGAUGGCUGGGAGGGAACAACCUGUGAAAUAAAUACAGACGAUUGUGCAAGCGACCCAUGUAAGAACGGAGCCACAUGUACUGACGGCAUUUACAGCUACAGUUGUUCAUGUAUUGAUGGCUGGGAUGGACCAACCUGUAAUAUGAAUACGGACGAUUGUGCAAGUGAACCAUGUAAAAACGGAGCGACAUGUACUGACGGCAUUAACAGCUUCACAUGUGCAUGUGUUGAUGGCUGGGAGGGAGCAACCUGUGAACUUAAUACGGAUGAAUGUGUUGGUGACCCAUGUGAGAACGGAGCCACCUGUAUUGACGGCAAUAACAGCUUUAUUUGUCGGUGUGGCAACGGAUGGGAGGGACAAACCUGUGAAACUAAUACGGACGAUUGUGUAGGCAACCCUUGUGAGAACGGAGCCACAUGUACUGACGGAAUUAACAGCUUCACCUGUGCAUGUGACAACGGCUGGGAGGGUCUAACCUGCCAAAUUAAUACUGAUGAAUGUGCUAGCGAUCCAUGUGAGAACGGAGCUUCCUGCAUUGACGAAAUUAACAGUUUUAUGUGUGUAUGUGACAAUGGCUGGGAGGGACUAACCUGUGCAAUUAAUACGGACGAUUGUGCUAGUGAACCAUGUCAGAACAACGCGACAUGUACUGACGGCAUUAACAGCUUCACUUGUGCAUGUGUUGAUGGCUGGGAGGGAGCAACCUGUGAACUUAAUAAGGAUGAAUGUGUUGGUGACCCAUGUGAGAACGGAGCUCCCUGUAUUGACGGCAUUAACAGCUUUAUCUGUGAGUGUGGCAGCGGCUGGGAGGGAGCAACCUGUGAAAUUAAUACGAAUGAUUGUGCAGGCAAUCCUUGUGAUAAUGAUGCCACGUGUACUGACGGCAUUAACAGCUUCACCUGUGCAUGUGGUAACGGUUGGGAGGGGCAAACCUGCAUAAUAAAUACUGAUGAAUGUGCUAGCAAUCCAUGUGAGAAUGGAGCAUCCUGCAUUGACGGAGUUGACAGCUAUACUUGUACAUGUGCUGAUGGCUGGGAGGGAACAACCUGUGAAAUAAAUACUGAUGAAUGUGCUAGCGACCCAUGUGUAAAUGGAGCCUCCUGCAUUGACGGAAUUAACAGCUUUAUAUGUACAUGUGGCAACGGCUGGGAGGGACUAACCUGUGCAAUUAAUACUGACGAAUGUGCUAGCGAUCCAUGUGAGAAUGGAGCAUCCUGCAUUGACGGAAUUGACAGCUAUACUUGUACAUGUGUUGAUGGCUGGGAGGGAACAACCUGUGAAAUAAAUUCAGACGAUUGUGCUAGCGACCCAUGUAAGAACGGAUCCACAUGUACUGACGGCAUUAACAGCUACAGCUGUUCAUGUAUUGAUGGCUGGGAGGGACCAACCUGUAAUAUGAAUACGGAUGAAUGUGUUGGUGACCCAUGUGAGAACGGAGCCACCUGUAUUGACGGCAUUAACAGCUUUAUCUGUGAGUGUGGCAGCGGCUGGGAGGGAGCAACCUGUGAAAUUAAUACGGAUGAUUGUGCAGGCAACUCUUGUAAUAAUGGUGCCACGUGUACUGACGGCAUUGACAGCUUCAUCUGUGCAUGUGGUAACGGCUGGGAGGGACAAACCUGCCAAAUAAAUACAGACGAUUGUACUGGUGACCCAUGUAAGAACGGAGCCACCUGUACAGACGGCAUUAACAGCUACUACUGUUCAUGUGUUGACGGCUGGGAGGGAGCCACCUGUGAAAUUAAUACUGAUGAAUGUGCUAGCGAUCCAUGUAAGAACGGAGCUUCCUGCAUUGACGGAAUUAACAGUUUUAUGUGUGUAUGUGACAUUGGCUGGGAGGGAUUAACCUGUGCAAUUAAUACUGAUGAAUGUGCUAGCGAUCCGUGUGAAAAUGGAGCAUCCUGCAUUGACGGAAUUGACAGCUAUACAUGUACAUGUGCUAAUGGCUGGGAGGGAACAACCUGUGAAAUAAAUACGGACGAUUGUACUGGUGACCCAUGUGAAAACGGAGCCACAUGCACUGACGGCAUUAACAGCUUCACUUGUGCAUGUGCCGAUGGCUGGGAGGGACCAUCCUGUGGACGUAAUACGGAUGAAUGUGUUGGUGACCCAUGUGAGAACGGAGCCACCUGUAUUGACGGCAUUAACAGCUUUAUAUGUGAGUGUUGCAACGGCUGGGAGGGACCAACCUGUGAAAUUGAUACGGACGAUUGCACUGGUGACCCAUGUGAGAACGGAGGCACCUGUACAGAUGACACUAACAGCUUUACUUGUAUAUGUGUUGAUGGCUGGGAAGGAACAUUCUGUGAACGAACCUUGACAGCCGAAACAGAUGAUAUACAACUCGAAAUGGUCUUUAACAUACCAUUGGAGGAAUUGGAAUCUGCAAACUUAACUGACCCCAACACUGUCGAAGAGUUGACCAAUGCGGUCAAACCACCGCUGACCGAACACUUCAAAACACUGAUGGGGGACAAUUUCUUAUGGCUGACAAUUACAGCAUUCUCGAGAGGAAGUUUAAAGGUAGACGUGAUAGUGAACAAAAAGGCAACCGAGCAAGGCGCAGCUGACUUUGUUGACGCUGCGUUAAAUGUAAAGGACGUUAAAGUGGUAAUAAAAAACGAAACGUAUAGUGCGUCAGUUUCUUCCAUUGGCAACCUCAAGGUUAAUCAAGAAAAACUGGACGGAAGUGAUUCCUUUUGCCAAUUAUUUCUAGCGGCUAAUGGCCAUUGUCGUCCACAAACUAAGUGCACAGUAAUUGACUCAAAACCUGUUUGCAAAGAGGUAACUCAGGAAUCCGCCUCAGCAGACCUGCAUGUAAUCAUAGGGAAUGUCGUCGGAGUGUCGGUUAUAUUGGUCGGAUGUUUUGCGAUAAUCUACUGUGUGAGAAUGAAAAACAUCAAAACGAAACAGAUGUACAGAGUCAAUAGUGAUACGACAGAAGAAGACACUUCUACUUCGGUUAUAACAAGAAAUCACAAAGACCUUGUAAACAUGCCGGGAAGAUUUUCAGAGAUACACGACCACGCUACAGAAAGUUUUUGACAAAAUGAUAAAGUAGAAAGGAACCAAGAGAGGCCAGUUAGAGAAAUCUACGUCAUUUAGCGUAUGGGAUUGUAUCUCUGAGGUGUUAACUUUCUUUAUUUAGUUAUCUGUACUCGCUUUUGCUCAGUUAAAACGGGAUCCGAGUUAAACACGACAAGAUGUUUUCAUAUUAAAGCUUUAUGCACCAUGAAUGGUUUUGAAUAUUGGUCAAAUUCGAACAAAUUUAUGAAUUCUAAUUUGAUACUUCACAAAAUUUUGUAGUUGUGGUGCAAGUCUAACUAAAAUUAUUUCACAAAUAGUGCCGAAAGUGUUCCGAUUUAGGUACUCACCCAGUAUAUGUUUAAAUGUAUAUAAUAUACAACUUUACUAGUGUAUUCUUAAAAAACAACCAUCAGCCUCACAAGUGAUGUAUAGUAUGCGAUAUGCCUUAAAACUGUAGAGUUUAUCUGUAAAUACUAGGUAUUCUCGGGGUAUAUGUGAAGGUCACAAACCUUAGUGUGUGUUCGUGUGCUCAUGUUUGUGUAGGUGUAUUUUUCUUGGUCAUUGAUCCUUUUAAAUAAUUAUUUUUGUGUUCAAUUUCCCCUUUCUUUUCAGAUAUACAGGACAUUCAAAGUGUUAAUUUCUUAUUUUUAACUCUUUAUUUAUAUAUUUGAUUAAUAUAUUAACGGAUUUUAUUUGUUGUGCAUUGUAAAAAUACUGUAUUGAUUUAUGUUAAUAUGAUGUCUUUCUUAUAUUCCGGAAUAUGAAUUGGUUGCGCUGUUCUAAUAAUGACAAACGGAACGUGUCAAUUGCACUAAUCGUUUAUGUCCGUAAAAUAUUGAAUUUAAGUUUAAUCAUCAUUUAUACUCAAUGUCUUUUUCUAUUGUGUUGUCAUAAAAUUGUCUGACGAUUUGCUAAAUGAGAAUUAUUUGUAUAUUGUAUAAACUUACUAUUAAUAAAUGGAUACAUUUGGUUAAAAUAUAA